AAAUCACAUUAUCGGAAGUUUCGACGAAGGUACGUGAACUGUUUCAACACCUUGCAUGAUGAUGAUGAUGUAAAAAUACAUUUGUUUAUGGUGGAUCGGAGAUUUUUUACAAUUACGUUAAAACAAAGCGUGCUGAUUUAAGGCUAUGGGAAGCACGGAUACCAAUUCCAUCAUCAAUCAGAUGGAGCAGGAGAUGGAGGACUUACAGCAGAUGCACUACAGCACCGAGUACAGCACAGAUAUCAACAGUAAAAUGCAGAUCCCGACAAGGUUAAGCAUGGGUCAGCCUCAAGACGCGUCUUUUUCUGACCCAGACAGUCCUAACAUGGAUUACAUGACCGACAGCCCGGCUCACGCUAUGAACGUACCAGAGAGAAUCAUGGUAGCAGGUUCAGAUACACAUGUCGGCUCUAGACAAACUCCAAGGCAUUUGGACUUGGAGGAAAUGACACCUUUUCCUACAGCUGACACAAUUGUUGGUUUGACCACACCACCACAUACACUGAAAAUGGAGGACGUCCGGUUCCCAACGGUCGGCGAUCAGAGUGUUAUGAAACCUGAUAGGAGCAGUAUGAACCACCAGAGAAUGACAAAUGGCUUAGAUGACACGCCCACAGGCCCCCCUAAGCUCCUUGGUAACUCCUCCCUCGUGGAGGGCGGUCCUGUCCUCGAUAUCCAGGGCCUACAGCGCCACCUACACCUACUCACGCGGAAGGUCAGGACCCUCGAAGAGAACAGCGUGCGUCGCGACCGGCGAGAACUGAUCUUCUGCACGGUCGGUGUUGUCUACUUCGUCUACAAGGGUUUGCGAUUUUUGUAUCGAAUUUUAUAGAGUAAUGCUUAUAGUGGAUAAAUUGUAUAAUAACUGAUAGGUAAUAAAUGAAGGAAAACAGGCUCAAGACACUGAUGAUACUCUUUGCUAGACAUUUAUACAAACUUGCCAUUUUGAUGUCUUGUCAAUUCCUGUGCUGGCCCCUUGUCUAUCAAACGUUUACAAUUGCCUGGAUAUGUAUCAAAUGAUUUUACAAGGAAAAUCCUUGCUCAAAUUGAAGACUGGUUCCAAAUACCCUGCGAAAUUAUUCCGCCCGAAAUGGUAUCAUUCGGAAGAAACAAUCAUUGAAGGUGGUUUAAGAAAGUGUGCCUGCCGACACAUUUUUUUACGUGUGUUAGCACCGGAAUCAAGUUACGAGAACCCAAAAAUAUUGUGCAAAUGUUUUUCUGUUUUCUCAAAAUGUAUAGUAUCCACUGAGCUGAAACUUGAACGAGUUAGUUGUUAGGCACCUUUCUUAAGAUUUUGAGCAAUUUUGUUGCUUCAAAUGAACAAACACGCACAAAAUUUGAUCCCAUGUAUGUUUAAUUUUGUAAAUGUUUCGCGAAACUUUCAAGUAACGUUUAAACUUUCGCGCCAAAAGUUUACCUAAAACAUCUGGCUGCAGCAGCAGCAGGAGUGCAGUCACAUGGAGGGGCAUAUUGGCAGCAUAUUAAAAAUAUCAAACCAAAUAAAAUUGUGUACAGUUGUAUAAGCUUGACUCCGUAGAUAGUAACAAUCCUGGGAAAGUGUAUGAAUUAAACUUUAAGUGGUUAAAUGAUAAGGUACAACUAAUGCUUUGUGAAUUAAAAACGUUUACAAAUAUCCCUGAUUCUCUGUUAAAUAAAUAAAAAAUUCUGCAACACCCCUCCCCCUCCCUCACCCAACAAAAAUUUCAACCUGAACAUUCCUUAAUCAUGAAAAACUUAUAAGAUUUUCGAAAGCAUAGUUUAAACCUCACAUGAAAAUUCAGUGAGUUUUUUUUCCUUCUACACUUGUAUUACACUUGUCAUCCUGAGGUCCAUUUUCAAACUGAAUGUAAAAGUUCUUCUUUUGAUACAAAACCUUUCAUCUCUCUACUACUUGCUGAAAGUGUAAGGGCCAGUCUCAAUUCAUAUCCGGUACGAGUUCCGGACAAGUUGCAGACUUUGCAUCGGGUAUAAGUUGCAGGAUGCUGAACAACUUCCCUGCAAUCUUCCCGCAAUGAAGUUAUCAGUAUUAGUGAGUCAAGCAGUUGCUUAUGAAAAUUUUUCCGGAACAUGUCCGCGACAAAAAGCAAAGUAGUUAAUGAUUCUACCCGCAAUUUGUCCGAAACUCGUCCGGGAUAUAAUAUGAGACGGGUCCUAUUAACCAUUGUCAAUAAUUUCAUAACAUGAAUUUAGCAGAUUAUGGGUGUUUAAAGAUGUAUAAAAGAAGUAGAAAUGAAUAUCCGGGACGGUUUUUUUUUUGUAGAGGUGUUUAAUGUUUAGCAUGCAGGAAGCGUUUUUUAACAAAGAGUUUAGGCACUCUCCUGAAGAUGGUCGGAGCAUACUGUCCGGAACGUCGAGUUUAUACCUCUGGUUCUUUUUCAGAACUAUUCUCUUUAGUUGAGAAAUUAUUCCCACGUGGUGUUUCUGCAAAUCUUUCAUUCAUUAGUAUCUCCACCAUGCAAAGCCUCAAAUCUUACUUUUUUAACUACCUUAUUAGUUUUUUGCCAAUCGUGCACAGCCGUGAUUGUGAAACCAAAACGCGCGGUUGCAGAAUGCAUUGUGAUGUUAAUAGCCGAUCCUUUAAGCCCCGCCCCCAUGUCGCUUUGACCAAUCACAGUCUUGAUUGAUGCCCGACAUGCGUGCACAAAAGCCAGUGGGCGGGGCUUAUGGAACACUGACUCCCUUGAUAUUUUCCAAGCAAUAUAUUUGAUGUCACAAUGUACACAUUUGCAUUGGUGAAUUCCAAUUCAAAGUACUUUUAGAUAAUGUAACAAUUUAUUACAAUUAUUAUAAAUCAGCCCAUUCCUUUAUAUCUGUACAUCUAUUAGAAAAAUAUUGCAUUAGUUAAACUAUGUACUCAUCUUAUAAAUCAGUGUUAUGUAAUAUGUAAUAUGUUGUAUAUAACAUGUGACAGUUAACAGCUCUGUGAAAUAGAUUUAAUAAAUUCAAAAGGAAAAUA